AUGACCUCAUUAGAUGCAUUAAUAAAUAAGGCUACUGACCCUACACUUACAUCAGAUAAUUGGCAAUACAUUCUUGAUGUGUGUGAUAAGAUAUCAUCUAACCCUGAAUUGGAAACUAAUAGAGCCGUCAAUUUAUUGAAAACAAAAAUCACAUCUACAAAGGAUGCAAAUACAAUCUUGAGAUCAUUAUCGUUGCUCGUAUCGAUAGCUGAAAAUUGCGGUUCUCGAAUGAAACAAGAGAUUGCCAGUAAAUCUUUUCUACAAGACUGUCUUAUCAAAAAAUUGCUGGACAAGAAAUUACACAUUACUGUCAAAUACAGAAUAAUUGAAGUGCUUGAACAAUUGAACAAGAGCUUCAAGUCUGAUCCAUCAUUGAAACCAAUGAAUGAUGCAUACAAUUUAGUAAAGACCGAUUAUCCACAAUAUUUUAAAGCCCAACAAGGUCCUAGUAAGCCGGCAAAGCAAGAAAGAACACAACAGGAUAAGAACAAGGAAGAUGAAGAGUUACAACGAGUAUUGAAAGUGUCAUUGCAGGAGUAUGAGAAUGAGCAGAAUUUAAAGAAACAAUAUUUAAACAACAAGCCCUUGCCAGAGUCAAGGGGUGGUGAUCAACUGCAACAACCGCAAGGUCAACAACGAGCUGCAUCUCCGGCCGCAUCGGAAGAAGCACAGACGGUAGCAACAGUAUCAAAAGUUAGAGCUUUGUAUGAUUUGAUAUCGUAUGAGGAGGAUGAACUCUCAUUCAGGAAAGGGGAUGUGAUUACUGUUAUUGAGUCAGUUUAUAGAGAUUGGUGGAGAGGAUCAUUACCCAACGGGAAAAUUGGGAUUUUUCCUUUGAACUAUGUGACUCCAAUAGUAAACAAGUCGCCACAGGAGUUGGCACGAGAACAUGAAUUGGAGAAUAAAUUGUUGAAUGUGGAUCAGAAACAAAUUGAUCGGUUAUUAGCUAUUUUGUCUACUAAUGACAUAUCACUGAUCAAUGAAGAUGAAGUCACUGAGCUAUACAAUAAUGUUAUAUCGUCAAGAAUUCAAUUGGGUAGCCUUAUAGAUAAGUACAGUGUUCGUCAAGAAGAAUUGGGUGUAUUGAAUACCCAAUUGAACUCCGAAGUCAAGUCAUAUAAUGAGUUGUUGGAUAAGCUGAUUAGUAAUAGGUCAAAACAAGGUAAUGGAAGUACAUACAGCCAACUUCCAUAUCCUGCUGCGUCGCAUACGGUACCGCAGAUACUCCCACAACAACAACAACAACAACAGCCGCAGGCACUAGAACCAACUCACUUGCAGUAUCAACAACAAGCAACAGGUCCACAAUCUCAGUAUCAUCAUCCAUCCUUGCAGCAACCUACGGGACAACAACAGCAGUACAAUCAUAUUGCCCAAUCACAGUCACACCCACAGCAACAGCAACAACAACCACCAGCUUCGCAACCACAGUAUCAGCAGAAUACAGGUUACAAUGCUCAAUUUAGUGGUCAACAGUUUCCCCCAUACCCCAAUCCUCAACAUAUAAACCAACAAAACACUAGCGCUGGUUUUGGUAACUCUGGAUAUUAG